AUGAUUGCAACAAGAACUUUUUUAAGAAAACCUUAUCAUCAUCAUGUUAGUAAAUUAUUUGUGCGUGCUUUACAGACAACAGCUGCAAAGGCGCAAAAGGAGUGUUUUGUUGAAGAGUUGGAUGGAGAAGAUGCAGGCAUUGCAAUGAUAAAUUUUAAUCGUCCACAAACGAGAAAUGCAAUUUCGCGUGAUUUUUUAAAUGAAUUUCAGGAGGCUAUUGAAGGAUUAAGACAUCACACUAAAACGAGAGUUGUAUUGAUUCGUAGUCUGGUAGAUAAAGUAUUUUGUUCUGGGGCAGAUCUAAAGGAACGUGCUACAAUGUCUUCGGAAGAGAUAUCUAAAUUUCUUAAUAACUUGCGACACGCGUAUCGAGGACUCGAAACGCUUCCUAUGCCAACAAUUGCAGUUAUUGAUGGCGCGGCUCUUGGUGGAGGUCUAGAACUGGCAUUAUGCUGUGAUAUGCGCGUUGCUGGUGAACACGCGAAAAUUGGGCUUCCUGAGACUAAACUUGCAAUAAUACCAGGGGCAGGUGGUACUCAACGAUUAAUGCGCGUGGUUGGUCUUGGGAAGGCAAAAGAGUUAAUUUUUACUGGGCGAAGUUUGAAUGAACAACAAGCUUUAGAUUUGGGGAUCGUGAACUAUGCUGUUAAAAAAGGAUCAUCUUUCCCAAAAUCUCUCGAAUUGGCCAGAGAAAUAUUACCAAGUGGACCAAUUGCAAUUCGAUUAGCCAAACUUGCGAUUGAUCGAGGAAGCCAAGUAGACUUAGAAACAGGGCUCGAUUUCGAAAAAACAUGUUAUGAUCAAACUAUUACGACUGGAGAUCGUAUUGAAGCAUUGAAAGCAUUCAGUGAAAAAAGAUUGCCAGUAUUUAAAGGACGAUGA